CAGCUUUUUCGCUUUCUUUCUUUACAGUUUGACAAUGCAGGAACUAGUCGUCACGAUAGGUAUAACCUUGAUCAAGGUUGGGGUGUUCGUCUACGACAUCAUCACCUACCCCAUAUAUGCCGUCGUUCAGCAGCCAUGGAAAAGGAGGAGUCUCAUGAACAGAACGAGGGCCCAGCCGGUUCCCGUAUCCGAAGGGCUGUGCUACAGAAACGUUGACCCGCCCAAAGCCUUCCAGAUAGAGAUUGAAAGGGCCAACAUCAAGACGGUCGAGCAAGCUCUGACCUACUCGUGUAAAAAACACGGAACGAAGAAAGCGCUCGGCACUCGCCAGGUCCUCAGUGAAUUUGAAGAAGUCCAGAAAAAUGGAAAAGUAUUUAAGAAGCUGGAGCUUGGCGAAUACACUUGGCUCAAUUACGAAGAAGUGGACGCAAUGGCCCGGAACUUUGGAAAGGGCUUGAGAGUGGAGGGACAUCAGCCCAAGGAGAACAUCGUCAUCUUUGCGGAAACGAGGCAAGAGUGGCUCAUAUCCGCUAUUGGAUGCUUCAAGCAGAACUUGCCCGUUUGCACUCUCUAUGCCACUCUUGGAGAUGAAGCUCUUAUACAUGGAAUAAAUGAGACUGAGGUACGACAUGUGAUCACUUCGCACGAGCUCUUGCCCAAAUUCAAACACCUGCUUGCGAGAUGCCCCAAAGUUACUAAGAUCACCUACUUCAAAGACCCCAUUAAGGAGACAGACCUCACCGGUUACAAGGAAGGCAUCAUUUUCAACUCGUUUGAGGAAAUUGUGGAGAAAGGAAGAACCGCAGAUUACUCAGAUGUGCUCCCCACACCCGAUGACACGGCCAUUAUCAUGUACACCUCUGGGUCAACUGGAACUCCCAAGGGUGUCAUCAUGUCCCAUUUUAACCUCGUCAACGCCAUCUUGGGCUACGCCGUCGGGUUUGAAGCCAGAGACAAGGAUGUGUAUCUAGCUUACCUGCCUCUCGCUCACGUAUUGGAAUUAAUGGCUGAGGCGAUGAUGAUCAUGUACGGCGUACCGAUGGGUUAUUCAACUCCCCUGACAAUGACAGAUCGUUCCAGCAAGAUUAAAAGGGGCAGCAAGGGAGACUGCACCAUCUUGCAACCUACCAUGAUGGCUGCUGUACCACUCAUCCUUGACCGCAUCUACAAAGGCAUCUUGGAGAAAGUAGAAUCGCAAGGUCCUUGGCUAACUCAGCUGUUCAGUUACGGACUGGAGUACAAGAUCAACUGGAUGCAUCGUGGGUGGGACACGCCCAUCUGUAAUUGGGUGGUCUUCCGGAAAAUCCGCGCCCUUUUGGGAGGAAAAGUGAGAAUUAUGGCUGUUGGCGGAGCUCCCCUUUCGCCUGAGACUCACGACUUCAUCAGGGCCAGUAUUGGAGUCCCCGUUUUGCAGGGUUACGGUCUUACCGAGACCUGUGCGUGCGCCAGUCUGAUGGACGAAUUUGACAUGUCACGGGGUCGUGUUGGCGCCCCUUCGCGGAUCUGUGACAUCAAGCUCAUUAACUGGGAAGAAGGCAACUACAGAAUAACGGACAAACCAAGACCCUGUGGUGAAAUUGUCAUUGGUAAGAGACUUGAAACCAUAUCAGGAGUUGAUGGAAAUGAAGAAUACUGUACGAGAAUUAACAAACAUAUUGUACCUCGAUUUGUUUUAGGUUAUCUGUUAAUUUUGAUAGUUGUACUCCUUCUGACAAGUAGAUAUAUCUACUUUGACAUUCAUUGUAUUUCACAAACCUAACUAAAGGAAGACUUA